AUGAGCUGGGACCAAGUAAAGUCGCGGCUCAGCGAGCGGGACUUGCCGCUCACGCUUACUUUUCGAUCGUCGUCGAAACCGGAGCCUCCUCUCCGCGCAGAACCGGCGCGAUCGGUGCCAGUCGUCGUCCCAGAGCCUGAGGCGGCUGAGCCCGAGCCGGAGCGGCCCCGGCGUGGCUCCAAGGCGAUGGCAAUUCCGACGGCGUUUGCACUGCCGCCACUGCUAGCAAACGAAUACAACGUCACGUGGUCGCAAGGCAAACUCGGGGUCGUGGUCCACCUCGAAGAAGGCGGCCGCGCUGUCGUCAAGGAGCGCACGACGCCGAGCGCCGACCCAAGCACGGGCCAAAUCGAACCGCGCGACGAGCUCCUCUACGUCAACGAUGCAUCCGUGGCAUCGAUUGGCUACAACGAAGCGCUCGUCCGCAUGCGCGGGAAGAAGCCGAUCCACCUCCGCUUCCGCCGGGCGAUGGCCUCGGGGACGCUCAUCGACACGAUGGUCGAGGCUGACGGGCCCGCCGAGCCGUACCAGCUCGUAUGGAAGACGGGCCCGCUGGGUAUCGUGCUCAAGAAGAACAAGAACGACGAAAUUUUUGUGCAGCAACUCACCAACAAGGGUCUCUCGGCGUCAUCGGGCAAGAUUGCCGUCGGUGACAUCCUCGUGGCUGUCACGGGGGUGCCAACUGCGCCGCUUGGUCUCGCGGGCACCGUGGACUUUCUUCAGUGUAUCCAGAAACCCGCCGUUCUCGACUUUGAGCACCGCAGGGCGCGCCAGCCGUCGACAGCCAAGGUCGAACCGGACGUCGUUGCACCGGUCCUCACAGCACCGACGCGAGCUCCCGUUCCGUCGCCGCUGCCAUCCCCGAAGGACUCGUUUGGCGACGAUGCCAGCGACCAGCAGUCCAUUGCUAUGAUGGCGCUGCCAGAUUUUGAACGCUCGACGGGCACUACUGUCGUGCUUCCCGGUACGCUCGGAGAAACGUUUUUGCAGCCGUCCGUGCUUCUGCAGACACAGUCGUCGAUUUCAGAGGAGACGCCGGUCCUCGACGCCGAGUACCAGGUCGUCUGGACGCGGGGCAAGCUCGGUGUCGUGAUUCAUUUGGAGGAUGACGUCCGCGCCGUGGUUCGCGAGACCACCGGCACUGCGACGGACCCCAACUUGGCGCAAAUUCAAGCGCGCGACGAGCUCAUCGCGGUCAACGGCGUCCUCGUUGCGGACGUUGGGUACGCGGCGUCCCUCCAGGCAAUGAAGGGUCCAAAACCGAUCACGCUCCGUUUCUGCAAGGGCGCGCUAGAUGACGACGACGACGAUGCUGGAGUCGUCAUCGAUGACGAACCGUCGUCCACCGAACCCGUGAUUUACUCGCUCCUCUGGAAGACGGGGUCUCUCGGAAUUGUUCUGAAGCUCAACGACACGGACGACGUUCGGGUGCGAUUGUCGUCGGUGACGUCCUCGUCUCAGUGA